UGUCACAUUUAUUUCUGUCCCCAAAAUGGCGAACGUAGCUGCUUCCGCGGCUGCUGCUGCAGCGGCCGCCGCCGCAAAUAGAGACCCAGCCGUUGAUCGGUCAUUACGAUCAGUGUUUGUGGGAAACAUUCCAUAUGAAGCCACAGAGGAACAGCUAAAAGACAUAUUUUCAGAAGUCGGACUUGUUGUUAGCUUCAGAUUAGUGUAUGAUAGGGAGACGGGAAAGCCAAAAGGAUAUGGAUUCUGCGAAUAUCAAGACCAAGAGACAGCCCUUAGUGCCAUGCGGAACCUGAAUGGGAGAGAGUUCAGCGGUCGGGCUCUCAGAGUUGACAACGCAGCCAGUGAGAAAAACAAGGAAGAGCUCAAAAGUUUGGGAACAGGAGCCCCGAUUAUUGAGUCUCCUUAUGGAGACAGCGUUCAUCCCGAGGAGGCCCCAGAGUCCAUCAGCAGAGCUGUGGCCAGUCUGCCACCUGAGCAGAUGUUUGAACUGAUGAAACAGAUGAAGCUGUGUGUUCAAAACAGUCCUCAGGAGGCGAGAAACAUGCUGCUGCAGAACCCUCAGCUAGCCUAUGCUCUGCUGCAGGCUCAGGUGGUCAUGCGGAUUGUUGACCCUGAGAUAGCCUUGAAAAUGCUUCACCGUCAAACUACAGUCCAGCCUUUGAUUCCAAGUGGGCAGAGUGGAGGAGCACCGCCAGGCAAUCCUCCUCCCGCACAGCCCAGCACGCCGGUGUCUCAGCCUCAGCCUGUGCCUGGCAUGCAUGUCAAUGGAGCACCUCAGAUGAUGCAGCCGCCCAACAUGGGUGUUGUGCCAGGUGCAGUACCUGUACCAGGACCUGGACAAGGACCUGUCGGACCUCCAGGGAACCUUCAGCAUUCUCCCACAGGAUCGUCUGGUCAAGCUGCUAUCGAGCGGCCUCAAGGACCAGGUGGUAUUCCCCCAAGAGGGCUGCUGGGGGAUGGUCCCAAUGACCCGAGAGGAGGAACUCUGCUGUCUGUUACUGGAGAGGUCAUAGACCCCAACCGGGCCUACAUGGGAGCUCCACCACCUCACCAAGCCCCACCUGUACACAUGCCACAGAUGGGAGGUGGCCCGCCUCCAGAUAUGAGAGGGCCUCCGAUGGACAUGAGAGGCCCAACUAUGACUGAACCAAGAACCAUGAUGGUUGACCCACGAGGGCCCCCAAUGAUGGAACCACGGGGACCGCCAAUGGAAACCAGAGGCCGUGACCCGAGGGCGAUGGAUGCUCGCGGCCCAGUGACAGGUCAAAGGGUUCCCAUGGCAACAGCGAUGCAAGGCCCUGUGCCUCAUGGCAUGGGUUCAAACGCUACUCCACCUGCAAGACCGGGUCCUGGUAUUUCUGGUGUUCCCCCAUCAGGAGGAGGCUUCAGUCCAGGGCAGAGUCAGGUCUCCACACAAGACCAGGAGAAGGCCGCAUUGAUCAUGCAGGUCCUGCAACUGACCCCAGAACAGAUCGCCAUGUUGCCCCCCGAGCAGCGACAAAGCAUCCUCAUACUCAAAGAACAGAUUCAGAAGACAGCCAGCGGUGCACCGUGAUGAAAUGUAGGGGGAGAGCAGAUGUGGAGUCUCUGUUCACAGCAUUGUUUUGUAGUGAUGGAGCAACUUUUCUAUUCCUGGCAUUGUUGUGCUUCCCCUGCCUGACCCACCUUCCAGCUGCUUGAAUGGGCUUGAGGAAGUCUCAUCUUUACUCGAUUUGUUGUAGGUUUUUGGAUUUAUUUUUGUCUUGUUUUGUAUGAAAGUUUGUUGUUAAGCCAAGUGAGUAAAGUAAGUGAGCCUUUUAAGAAGGAAGGUAACAGUAUGUACUAAACAAAUUCUCAAGCACGAAUGUCAUGAUGUUUAAUCUUUUUCAUGUUCUAGCUCUGGAAAUUUUGUCAAUAAAACAAAGGAACACAA